GUUUUUAACUCAGUCACAUCAGUACGUAUCCCAGAAACGGAUUAGCGAUGAGAGCCUACCUACCAUUAUCCCUGCCGUUGUGCAUUAUUAUUGUCCUGGGCAGUGCAACGGCCACUCCAAGUCCAACUCCCGACGAUCUGACCAUCUUCAAGAAUGCACUCACAUCUCUCUCCCGUUCUGUCAUCAACUACGAAUCGGAUUUCAACAAUAACCUCAAGUUCCGCGACCUGCAAAGGAGUAUUGAUGCGGUUGAUAAUGGAUUGCUCGGAUUCCGUGGCACUGCCAAGAAACACCUGGACAAGGUGCGAAGCGUCAACUCCGAUGCCUAUCUGACGUACGGCCGGUCCAGUGGUCUUGCCUUGGAGUGGUGCGUUGCCUUCCAGUCAACCAGUGGCAUUUUGGCCGCUUCCUCAAAGGGAAAUCUCUCGCCAAACGAACGGGAUGCGAUUUGGAAAAUUGUUGUGUCGGCGGUGGGUCAAGGCCUGGACAAGAUCGGUAACACCAUCCCAAUACUGAAUACCGUGAAGCAGCGACGGGAUCAAUUGCACCAGGAGCUGGAGGAAAUGCAUGUGGAUUUCGGCCGGGACCUCAAUCCAGGCGGCUACUACGACCAGGAAACUGCAAAUGCCAUUAGGCAAGAUGGUGAAUUGCUUCGCCAACUUUCUUCCGAUAUUCAAAGUAAGUUCAAAUCGUCCGGAAUUGGAAGUAAUUUCGCAACGGACGCUAAGAGCUGUUUGGACACAACUUUUGCUGGCAUCAAGACCCAUCGAAAGGAUGAACUGUCCAAGACAAUAGCUGGUUACCAUCCAAUCGGAACACAAAUUAAAACAGCCGCCGAAAUAGCAAGUAUUCCCGACUUCGAUCUGGAAGGGGACAAGGCCGACUUUGAUGCCCUGAAGAAGCGCAUGAAACAGGAGGAAUUGAAGAAUAAAGUGAUCCUGCAGGACGAUUCGGAUUCGCAGGCUGCACUCUCGGGUCUUUUGCAAUCUUUGGGUGAUCAGUGCAAAAAAUUUCAGAUUAAGAAAGAAUCAGGACACUAAUAAUUUUGCAGAAUAAUAUUAUUAACUUUCUUAAAUGAAUAUGUAAAAUAAAGUGUUCAGUUUAAUCUGAAAAUGAUUCAUGAAUAAAAGUUCAGUAGUUUUGAAAAAAGUUUA